GAGGAGGUGGACGGAGCUCAGCAGACUGCAACCGCUUUACCAAGAGCUUCAUCUACUCUAAAGGAGCCCCUAUAACACUAGAGACUUACCAGCAGACAAGUCAAGAGAGCCAGACGACUGAGAGAGUGAGGGAAUACCUAUCAGGACUCCUCUGAAGAACACAUUACGUCUCCUUUUCACUGGGACCGGGAUUCCUCUUGAACGCGCAAAAAAGAACAUUUAUCCAAGAUGCUGAUGCUUACUGUUGUCGCUACCUUUUUGGGAAGCCUGAACUUGGUCCUUUCCUUCUCCUCGUGUCCCUCCGUGUGUGAGUGUCCCCUGGAGAUGCCCAAGUGCGCACCCGGCGUCGGCGUCGUCCUUGACGGCUGCGGCUGCUGCAAAGUCUGCGCCCGGCAGCUGAACGAGGACUGCAGCCUGACCGAGCCUUGUGACCACACUAAAGGGCUGGAGUGUAACUUUGGGGCCAGCUUUGCUGCUGCUACUACUCGUGGCAUCUGCCGAGCCAAGUCAGAAGGCAGACCAUGCGAGUACAAUAGCAGGAUCUACCAGAAUGGGGAGAGUUUCCAGCCCAACUGUAAACACCAGUGCACAUGCAUCGACGGGGCAGUGGGAUGUGUCCCACUGUGUCCACAGGAGCUCUCGCUGCCCAACCUGGGCUGUGCCAACCCCAGACUAGUCAAGGUGGCAGGCCAGUGCUGUGAGGAGUGGGCGUGUGAUGAUGGCAAAGAGACAGACAUCCUGGAGAAACUCUUUGGAAAAGACACAAUGACUGAUGAGCUGGAGAGAGACCUCACCAACAGGAACGAGCUCAUUGCAAUCGUGAAGGGAAGACUCAAGACCCUACCAGCAUUCAUAUCUCAGCCUGAAGUCCACAUGUUUGACAGCCAGAAGUGCAUCGUCCAAACCACACCCUGGUCCCAGUGCUCUAAGACCUGUGGUACUGGCAUCUCCACCAGAGUCACCAACAACAACAGCGAAUGCAAGCUGGUCAAAGAGACAAGAAUGUGUGAAGUGCGGCCAUGCACCCAGUCAUCUUACUCCAGUCUAAAGAAGGGAAAGAAGUGCAGCAGAACCAAGAAGUCCAGUCAGCCGGUGAAGUUCACCUACGCCGGCUGCUCCAGCCUGAAGAAGUACAGGUCUAAGUACUGUGGCGCCUGCGUGGACGGCCGCUGCUGCAGCCCUCACAAGACCAGGACCAUCCGGGUCAAGUUCCGCUGCGAGGACGGCGAGACCUUCAACAAGAACGUCAUGAUGAUCGAGUCUUGCAAGUGCACCUACAACUGUCCCCAUGCCAACGAGGCGUCCUACCCAUUCUACCGCCUCUCCAAUGACAUCCACAAAUUCAGAGACUGAGAGAUUGGUGAAGAACAUGCAAACUCCCCGACGAGAGGAAGAACAGGUCAUCAGCGCCAGCGGUGGCCGUUGUCAGUCCAGACGAGCGCAGGGGUGUAAAUAGUCGACCAAUCAACUACCAGCUUCUUGUUGUAACUAGAUUCCCAAGGAAUUGUGGGCUUACAUCAUGAGGACUUAAUGAAGUGCACUGUUUGCUGUGACUAAGUCAGCAUUCUUAAUUAGAACUGCUUCAUAUUAAUGGAGCAUCUGAAGUAGCUUCGUUAUGGAGCAAGAUGUAAUAAAUAUUUGUACAUUUAAUUUAGUGGCUGAUAUCAAUUCACUGUGUAUAUGUUGAUCCUUUAUUCAGACAUGACCCAGACUGUAGACUUGUGUGUGCGUAUGUAGAUAUGCACUCACGUAACCUUCAAUUAGCAUACCAUCCUGUAUCUUAAGAAGAUGCGACCUCUGGACUUGUUUGACAAGCGUGCGGUUCCAUUCCUUCCUGACGUGGGCAUUACUGUUCCAUGUUUUGUGGCAGCUAUUGAACUCCCUUCAUGACAGAAAAAAAAAAAAGACAAAGCGAGACAUGUCAAAGGAUGAAUGAAUGUUUUUAUUAUUGUUAUUAAUAUUAUUUAUCGAGAAAAAAAUGUAGCUACUUUAUUUGGAUAUUAUGUGUCAUACUGGAAUAAAUUGUAAAAUGAUUUAAUUUUAUAUGCUACAAAUAAAAUGGAUUUAUUUAUG